AUGAUUACUGCUGAUAAGUAUGAUAAUUCAUUGUACAAAUUUCUUGGCAUCGCUUUACUUAUCAUUCAACAAACAUGUAUGCCAUUGUUGUCAUAUUCAACACAGUAUCGUAUCACCGACGAAAGAUUUCUUACAACAGUAACUGUACUUAUUGGAGAAAUAGUGAAAUUUCUAAUUGCUUCAGUUAUAAUUAUUUUAAAUGAAAAAUCAUUCAAGAAGUAA